AAAGAAAUGCACUUACCCACCUGGAAAAUUUGAAUUCCUGGAAACAAAAUCUUAAAGCAACAACAACAACAAAGGGAAAAUCUCCCAUCCAAGUUUCGAAUAUUUUGUUUUUCGAAAACAACCGCAACAGCUUUUUGUUUCUGUUUUCGUUUCAGUUUUCUUAAAAAGCCGUGAAAUGGCUCCCAACGUUUCUGUUUUCUCCAAGUCUGGUUCCUCAACGGCCUUUUCCUUCCUUGGUAUUAACCGUUCGAAGUAUUAAGAAUCCACGCCAUGGUUGAUUUCUAGAAUACUAAUCGUUUCCGAACAUCAAUUUGCAGCGUUUUUGUUUCCGGGAAUUGAAAAUUUUCGCGACGAGUUUUGGGGACCUGUUUUCGGAAUUUCGGGUUCUGAUCCGAAUUAGGGCUCUUGGGAUUGUGUGUUUGGGGGAUGGUGGUGCAAUUUGACGAGUGAGAGUGGGGAUUCUGCGGCUUUUGUGAAUUAGGUUUUGUUUUGUUUUUGCGAGUGGAUUUUUUUUGUUUCUGCGACGAUGUUGUCGGUAUCGUCGCCGACGGUGGUGCGGAGCUCGCUGGAGGAGAUGCUGGAUUCGCUCCGGAAAAGGGACGAGAAGCCGAAGGACUUGCCGCCAGCGCUGCCGGCGCGGCCGACGUCGAGGUCGAUGCGGCUGCCUUCUACCAGGCGGUCGUUGCCGGUAGACUUCAAGGUUAGAGGGGGCAAUGCUGGACUGGAUAGUCCUGUAGGAGGGGCUCAAGGGAAGGAAGAUGUGAAGAGGAAGGAGAGAGAACUAGGGCUCAGAAGAGGCGGUUUGGGAAGCAAGAAGAGGAUGAAGGCUGUUCAGCCCGGUGAUUUGCCGUACGUUGAGGCGGUGGAAGAGAAGGCCGUUGCCUGUACACUUACGUCGCCGAGGUCCACACUUACAUCUCCGAGGUCUGCUCUGACAUCGCCGAGGUCGACACUUACCUCGCCGAGGUCGAGGAAGGAGACUGAAUGGGAUGAUAACGUCGGGUAUUUUGUUAAGAAGAAACUUCCUGUCUGGUGUCGGCUCCCAAGUGGGCAGUGGGAAUCAGGAACUGUACAAUCAACAACAGGCGAGGAAGCGCUUGUUUUGCUCUCAGAUGGGAGUGUUGUCAAAGUGUCAACAGGAGAGAUUUUACCUGCAAACCCAGAUGUCCUUGUGGGUGUGGAUGAUCUCAUACAGCUUAGUUAUUUGAAUGAACCAUCAGUUGUACACAAUCUUCAGUACAGAUAUUCUCAUGAUAUCAUUUAUAGUAAAGCAGGGCCUCUUUUGAUUGCAGUCAAUCCCUUCAAAGAUGUCCCAAUUUAUGGGAAUGACUUUGUCACAGCAUAUAGCCAGAAAGUUAAAGAUAGCCCUCAUGUUUAUGCAAUAGCAGACAUUGCUUAUGAUGAGAUGAUGAGAGAUGAAGUAAAUCAAUCCAUCAUCAUAAGUGGCGAAAUUGGUGCUGGAAAAACUGAGACAGCAAAAAUUGCAAUGCAAUACCUGGCUGCACUUGGUGGUGGCAGCGAUGGGAUAGAGAAUGAACUCGCUCAGACAAGUUGUAUCCUAGAAGCAUUUGGGAAUGCAAAAACAUCAAGGAAUAACAACUCUAGUCGAUUUGGGAAGUCAAUUGAACUUCAUUUUAGUACAUUUGGGAAAAUAUGUGGUGCUAAAAUCCAAACUUUUCUGCUAGAAAAGUCUAGAGUAGUUAAGCUCGCUGAUGGGGAGAGGUCAUACCACAUCUUUUAUCAACUUUGUGCUGGUGCUCCAUCCAUUCUCAAAGAUAAACUGAACAUUAAAAUGGCUAGUGAGUACCACUAUCUUAAUCAAAGCAACUGCUUGGCAAUUGAUGAUGUGGAUGAUGCUCGGAAAUUUCAUGUGCUUAUGGGAGCCUUAGAUAUUGUUCAAAUUUGCAAAGAAGAUCAAGAGCAUGCAUUUUCAAUGCUUGCUGCAGUGUUAUGGCUGGGAAACAUAUCAUUUCAAGUAGUUGACAGUGAAAAUCAUGUGGAGGUGGUUGCUAAUGAAGCUGUUACCUGUGCUGCCCGGUUGAUUGGUUGCAGUGCCCAGGAGCUGAUGUUAUCUUUAUCUACCAAUAAAGUCAAAGCUGGGAAUGGUGAUGCUGCCAAAAAAUUAACGUUGCAGCAGGCAAUUGAUGCAAGAGAUGCGAUGGCGAAAUUCAUAUAUGCAAGCUUAUUUGAUUGGAUUGUAGUACAAAUCAACAAAUCUCUUGAAGUGGGCAAACGACCCACUGGGAGAUCCAUAAGUAUCCUAGAUAUGUAUGGCUUUGGGACAUUUCAGAAGAACAGCUUUGAACAACUCUGUAUAAACUAUGCAAAUGAGAGGCUGCAACAGCAUUUCAAUCGUCAUCUACUUAAACUCGAACAGGAGGAAUAUGAAUUGGAUGGGAUUGAUUGGAAAAGAGUUGAUUUUGAAGACAAUCAUGAGUGUUUAGAUCUCUUUGAAAAGAAACCUUUAGGGCUACUAUCUUUAUUGGAUGAGGAGUCAAAUGCUCCCAUGGCCACUGAUAUGUCCUUUGCCAACAAACUUAAGCAGCAUUUGGUUGGCAAUCCCUGCUAUAAAGGAGAAAACGGUGGAGCUUUCAGUAUUCGUCAUUAUGCUGGAGAGGUUCUUUAUGAUACAAGUGGCUUCUUGGAAAAGAACAGAGAUCCUCUUCACUCUGAUUCGAUCCAACUCCUCUCAUCAUGUAGUUGCAAGCUUCCUCAGUUGUUUGCCUCCAAUUUGCUCGACCACUCCCAGAAGCAAGCUAGUCCUUUAUCCUUAGGUGCAUUUGAUUCCCAGAAGCAAAGUGUUGGGACAAAGUUUAAGGAUCAACUGUUCAAACUGAUGCAGCAGUUGGAGAACACUUCUCCUCACUUCAUUCAUUGCAUAAAACCUAAUGAUAAACAGCUUCCUGGCAUGUAUGAAAAGGAUUUUGUCUUGGAGCAGCUCAGGUGUUGUGGAGUUUUGGAGGUAGUCAGGAUCUCAAGAUCUGGGUAUCCUACUCGAAUGACACAUCAAGAAUUUGCAAGAAGGUAUGGGUUUCUACUUCCGAAGGACAAUGAAUACCAGGAUCCAUUAAGUAUAUCAGUUUCUGUUCUUCAGCAAUUUAAUAUCCUUCCUGAUCUGUAUCAAGUUGGCUACACAAAAUUAUAUUUCCGAACAGGACAGAUUGAUGAAUUGGAGGAUAUGAGAAAACAAGUUCUGCAAGGCAUAAUUGUGGUUCAAAAACGCUUCCGUGGCCGCCAGGCUCGUCGUUAUUUCUAUGAACUCAAGGGAGGAGUAACCACACUGCAAUCAUUUGGUCAUGGUGAAAAUGCUAGAAGGGGGAAUGAUGUUUUGGUAAAGACUUGGAGAGCUGAUAUUCCCACACAGAAGCAUAUGAAACAGCAGGUUGCUCCACAAACACCUGAUGAGGGGGCAAUCAUACAUUUACAAUCUGUAAUCCGUGGGUUGUUGGCUCGAAAGCAUUUUAAUCACAUGCAGGGCUCGAAAAAGCUGAAUCUUGAGAAUGCAAAUUCUAGACAAAAGUCAGAUAGGAGGAUUUCAGAUGUAAAGGAUUUACCACAAGAGCAAGGCCAGGUUCUGCCUUCAGAUUUGUCCAAACUUCAACACCGGGUUCUGAAGGCAGAAGCAACAUUGGGGCAAAAGGAAGAAGAAAAUGCUGCAUUGCGAGAGCAGCUAAAACAAUCUGAGGCAAAGUGGUCAGAGUAUGAGGCAAAGAUGAAAGCAAUGGAGGAAACCUGGCAAAAACAGAUGGCUUCUUUGCAGAUGAGUCUGGCUGCUGCUAAGAAAAAUCAUGCUGCUGGUCAAGAUGGAAGGCUUGAUACACCUUCUUCGCCUGGCUAUUAUGAUUCUGAGGGUACCCCAUCCAUGGAAACUCGAACUCCUGGUGCAAACACACCUGUCAAAUUGUCUAAUGUUGGAGCAGGGCGCGAGAGUAAUGGCAACUUGAAUACAGUCAGCCACCUGGCAAAGGAGUUUGAGCAGCGCAAACAGUCAUUUGAUGAUGAUGCCAAAACCCUUGUUGAGGUUAAAUCUGGGCAGCCCUCUUCAAAUAUGAAUCAUGAUGAAUUCAAGAAACUGAAGCAAAGGUUUGAGGCAUGGAAGAAAGAUUACAAGGUUCGGUUACGGGAGACAAAGGCUAGGCUUCAUAAGCUUGGGCAUUCUGAAGGGGAAAGAAUUCGCCGUAAAUGGUGGGGGAAGAGAAUCUCAAAAUCGACGUAGCAUCUAGUUUAGGAUAUGCGCAAUGUCUAUUGUUCGUGGACAAAAAUGGAGAUGACUGAAGCAUUCUUCUCAAAAAGGAUACAUUGUUGAGACCCCCUCAUACCAUGUCACUGAGUCUGUCCGUCCUUGUGUUUAUGGGUUUACUGUGUUGUGGGGUUAGCAGAAAGGAGAGUGAUUGUGUUUGUAUAUCUAUCAAAUUUUGUUUCUCAGUGAAAAGAUUUACAAGCUUGUUCAUAGCCCAAUGAGGAUUUGUCUCAAGUUUUUAGCACGUAAUUAAACAAUUUGAGUCAUGUGUAUAUUUUCAUAAUCAAUGUAAUGUCAGAAUAUUUAGUGCUUCAUAGUUUGUAAUGAGAAGAUGGAAGAAAAAUGUCCAUAUUACGGCUUGUGUAUGAA